GAAUUUGUCUGGAUAACUGGUGGAACUACUGUUGAUGAGUCGUUCUGGAAAUCUGAUGAACCUAAUGAUAAUGGAGGAAGUGAGAACUGUAUAGAAGUUCAGUCUAGUGGUAAAUUUAAUGAUAAAAGAUGCUCUGAAAUGUAUGCUUUCAUUUGUCAAAUU